AUGUCAAGCACCACUGCAACAUUGCCAGACGACGCCUUUCGGUCCUACGUCUUGGACUUCCUGCGACAUGUCCCUGCAGCGGCCAUCGGUACUUCAGACACGGCGCGCUCCGAGCUCGAGGCCCUUGCCAGCGAGUUCUACGAGACAAGCCAAGACAUCAACAUGCAGGAACUUCUCCUGGCUCUCCACGCCCGCUACGACUUAGUGGGUCUGGGCUUCUUUGAGAAGUCGGCGCUCAACGAAAUUCUCGGAAGUGUCAGUAACGCCCGUGGCAAGGGUGGUACUGGAUGUGGGAGCGGGUGCGGCAAGGCUGGCACCACGGGUCCAACAACUCCGCCGCCAACCGAGACAGCCCGUCCACAAAUGCCGAUUGCUCCUGAUGGGGUACCUGGAGACCUUUUCGGAAUCUCAUCACAAUUCUCAACCGACGUCCUGACGCCGACGGAGCUGGACCCUAGAGAUCUGGACCCUGCGGAACAGGAGCGUGAUGGGCCUGGGGAGGAUUUUGACGUGUGUUGGAAGACGGAGUUUAUCAUGACAGCAGAUGGGCCGGUCUUAGUGCACAAGCAGUCGCACCACCAGAGAGGUACUGGGAAAUGA